GCCCAGUACUGUAAUAACUUGAAAGGCAUCUUUAGGCAGCAUAGUAAAAAUGUUUGAUUUGUAAUUGCUUGCUGAACUCUUGCACAGUCCGUUGCCAUAUGGUACCUCCCUUCUACUGGCAAACAAUCUUUCCUUGUUCCUAACUUCUCAGCCUCCCUACCCCCUCCUUUUCUGGAGGGUAUGGAUAGGAAAUCCGAAGGAGGAGUUUCUUCUGCUCUCCGAGUGCUCGCGGUGACAUCAUAGGUGGGCUGAACGGCUGAGCCGAGUGUGUGUUUGUUUAAAAAAACACUGUCCAAAAGUGAUGUAUAUGGAAUCUGGGUCAGCUGUAGCUGGUUAGAGCACUUCUGCAUGUGAGAAUUAAACACUGCAGUUUCAAAAAACAUCUCUCUCUCUCUCCUGGAAUAACGCAUAUUGGAGCAUUACUUUUUUUUUUCUUUUUUUAAAACUGAUUAGUUAGCUUGGUUAUCGUAUGGAGAAACCCAAUUCCUCAAUACAGCUUGGAUCUAACAGAGAAAGACAAAAGCAGUUUUCAGCUCCAGCUGCAGAUUAACACUCCACACCAUCGGGUAAUAUAGGAAGCAAAAGCAAUUUGGCCUCUGGAUUUUCCAUCUGCCACAGAAGCAAACCAGCUGGAAGACUUUAUUUCUUGGCUCCUGACAGUGAUCACACCUGCUCUACAAUGAAGAUCCUGAAGUGGACUUUGGGUGUCCUGCUGUUCCUGCUGCUGUCUAUCGGGCGCUGUACGGAACAGUCCACGCCGAGUAAGACGCCCCAGCAGAGGCAGCCUCGCUCAGCAGACGGGGCAGAGGAAGGGAAGAAAUGUGGUUACACCUUCCUGGUCCCAGAACAAAAAAUCACAGGGCCAAUCUGCGUGAACACGAACGGCCCGGGCACCGGGAACAGGAAAGAUGAAGUCACCAGGAUGGACAUCGAGAACCUGAAGGAUGUGCUGUCCAAGCAGAAGCGGGAGAUCGACAUUUUGCAGCUGGUGGUGGAUGUGGACGGAAACAUCGUGAACGAAGUCAAACUACUGAGGAAAGAAAGUCGGAACAUGAACUCUCGUGUGACCCAACUGUACAUGCAACUCCUGCACGAGAUCAUUCGCAAGCGCGACAACUCGCUUGAGCUUUCCCAGCUGGAAAACAAAGUCCUUAAUGUUACCACAGAAAUGCUGAAGAUGGCAACAAAAUACAAAGAGCUGGAAGUAAAAUAUGCGGCGCUAACCGACCUGGUAAACAACCAGUCUGUGACAAUCUCGCUGCUGGAGGAGCAGUGCCUGAGGAUCUUCUCGCGCCAGGACCCCCACGGGUCCCCGCCCCUGGUGCAGGUGGUGCCCCAGCACAUCCCCAACAGCCAGCCCUACACUCCUGUCCUGCUGGGAGGCAACGAGAUCCAGCGAGACCCGGGCUACCCCCGGGACAGAGAUGUACGGCCACCGCCCGACCCCGCCACUUCUCCCACAAAGAGUCCUUUCAGAGUGCCACCUCUGGCUCUGAUUAACGAGGGUCCAUUCAAAGACUGCCAACAAGCCAGGGAAGCUGGGCAUGCCAACAGUGGGAUUUACAUGAUCAAACCCAAAAACAGCAACGAGCCAAUGCAACUCUGGUGUGAGAACAGCCUGGACCCUGGAGGAUGGGCAGUUAUCCAGAAGAGGACAGAUGGAUCUGUCAACUUUUUCAGGAACUGGGACAGUUACAAGAAAGGAUUUGGGAACAUUGAUGGAGAGUACUGGCUGGGACUGGAAAACAUCUACAUGCUCACCAAUCAGGAUAAUUACAGACUCUUGAUUGAGCUGGAGGACUGGAGCAACAAGAAGGUGUACGCAGAGUACAGCAGCUUCCGCCUGGAGCCCGAGAGCGAAUUCUACCGCCUGCGCCUGGGCACGUACCAGGGCAAUGCCGGAGACUCCAUGAUAUGGCACAAUGGAAAGCAAUUCACAACACUGGACAGGGACAGGGACAUGUAUUCAGGAAACUGUGCCCACUUCCACAAGGGUGGCUGGUGGUACAACGCCUGUGCCCACUCCAACCUCAACGGGGUCUGGUACCGAGGGGGGCACUACAGGAGCAAGUACCAGGAUGGAAUCUUUUGGGCUGAGUACCGGGGAGGUUCCUACUCCUUGAAAGCAGUUCAGAUGAUGAUCAGACCUAUAGACUGAGGAGGAAAACCCCACAGUGCUCCCAUAUAAAAUUCUUAGUGUUUGAGCUCCAGAAAAAAAAUUACUUUUUAAUCAUUAUUUUGCACAAUCUGCCCCUGCAAAAAGCAGGUCUACAGUUUUCCUGUCUUCUUUCCCCUGUCAUGUUCCCCUCUCCUUUAUUAGGACCCUUCUCUACUGUGACAGACAGUGUUUUUUUUUUAAACACACAUUCACAAAAGCAGAUGUUUGUGCUUGCAAAGCAUAUUUAUCUUUUUUUUUUUGAAGAUCAACAUGUUUGAUGUAAACAGUCAAAACUGGUAAAAAAUGCCAGGUCUUUGACAAGAUAUAAGCUUUUCCAGUUCAAAAAGCUUAUGCUUUUUCAGGUUAGCUCAACCCUUAAAUGUAAAUAUGUGAAAUGACAUUGUCUUGCUUUAAUGUGAAAUUGAUUAGUUAUUUAACAAUUUAUUUAAAAAUGUUGGUAUUACUUUCGAUGAAAAAUAUGACUUCACAUUACUGUUUGAUAUUUACUCCAAGAACCUACAUAAAAAAUUGGAGACAUUUUAGCUUUGCCAGCAGAGAAAGAUUUUUGCAACAAAUAAUUAUUUCAAAAUGAAGAGGCAAAUUUAACACAAAAUACAAAAUUUCUUAGGGAAUUCUCUACACUGCUAAGAUCUGCAAGUUCUAUCUUCUUAAAAAAUUUAGGCAAAACGUUCCUUACGUAAGAAAAUUAAUUGUAUGAAACUUUUGAUAAACCUGAGACAAUCAAAUUACUUGGUACCUUUUUUACCUUUAAGCUUUCAAAUUAAACUUUGAACUUAAACGGCAAAACUGAAAGUCCUGGUAUUAAAAUCACGACCUGACACUUCCCUGCUCCACUUAGGAGUGAUGAGGGCUGACCAAGCAUUCACACACAGUCAUCCAGAUAAGUCUCUGAAUAUUAGAAGUUUUCCUCCAACACAGCUUUCUGGUCCCACAGUAAAACAAAGCUUAGAAAUCAGCUCUGAGUAUGUUCUCCCUGAUAUCCCAAACUUGGGCUGCUCUUAUGACACACCCAUUUCCCUUCCCUUACACCUAUACAACUUUUGAUACUGUUUAGACUAAAUUUUAGCUUCUAGAUAUCAGAUUUUCACUGGAACUUAGAAAUUAAAUAGAAAAUACUUUCCCUAAAUUUAACAAAAACUAUACCACACACUGAUUCACAACAAGAUCGUUCCAAAAUCAGAUCCAACCAAACAUUCGCUUUAGGUACCAGAAUCUUUCUUCCUGUUAUAUAAAAUGAUUUUAUAACUGCACUUAUAGCCACACAGGUUGCUUAAUUUAAUUUUAUAUUAUGUAAAACUGAAUAUGCUGUUCUGAACUGUAAUCAAUGUGUUUGUUUAGCAACCCAUAGGUGCCUUCAGGACGGUAAGGAACUUUGUCCCUAUUUAAAAUAAGAAACUAUAAUCUAGUAUUAUUGUUAUGUUAAAUUAGUCAAUAUCAAUUACUAUGCUAAGCCUCAGAUGUAAUUCAGAGGAGAAAACCCAGCAUUUUGCUUUCAGAACACACCCUCUGGAGCAGAGAUAAAGCUUCAUUGAUAAUGUAUGGCUGCAAGGCUUGUAGUUAAAUGUUUGGUCAGAGAUCAAAGCCAACCAGUUCCACCAAUAUUUAAUUGGGGUUGGCAGUGGUGGGGAAUCAGCCCCAGCAUAUUCCAUCCCUACAUUCCAAGAAUUUUAACUGACACAAAUGUUUAUGAUUACAAUUCUGAAAUUGUUCUUCAUAUAAGGAAUAUUUGUUUGUUACAAAUAUCAUACAGACCUCAUUGAUUGAGUGUCCUGCAAAACAUUUCUUAAUUGCAAAUGCUUAAAAUUCUGACUCUCUAUAGCCUGUCCUUUUUUCUCUAUGAUAGCUGGAUAGAAGAGCAGUUCAGGUAAACUUAAAAAAAGGAAAAUGCCAUCCAAAACAUUCCUUUAAUGAUCACUUCUGACAGCUUUUAGUUCAUUCAACAGGCAGAUUUCCUCUCCUUGGCAGAGAGUGUAUUUUACCCCAUGAAUCUCUUGCCUGCUACAAAAACAGUGUUUGCUUAUUCAGUGCAGUCAGUGUAAGGUGUACUUUGCAGAAACCCCAAAGUAAAAUUAGCUCGCACUCAGCCUUUUAAUUAAAUCUUAUAUAUUAGACACCUAAAAAGUGAGCCUUCCCCAACUUAAAGCUGCAGGAUGACAUUAAUUAAUCAUUACUACAAAAUCCACCCAGAAACUUCAGACUCUACAAAGGCUGUGCUCUGAAAGGAAAGAGUUAAUUAAGUUGCCAAUUUAAGAUUAUGUGGAAGGAAAGCAUAGCAUGUCUUCUUCAGGUUGGUUUAUACUCUGCAUAAUAAUUCACUUUCAAGUGCUUGUAACUCCAUUACUUUGUAGCUUUUGGGCUGAAUUUUCUAAGCAGGGUGAAUGACUUUAAAAGUUCAAUGUUUUCUCUCACAUCUUUUCUUUCGAAACAUUUUCAAAAGAGCCUGUAGCAUCCAUCAGGCUUCUUGCCCUGGGCAUUCAGAAGCAGUCUGUCUGGGAAGGAUAAAGCCUCCACCAUUCCUCUACCAUCAGUCCAAAUUUAACCAGGCAGACCUCAAGAAGUUCAACUUGUACGAAACCUGAAACACUGUUUUCACAUCUAUUUCCAAAAUCUAUUGCAAACACUAUCACUGAAGCAGCUGAAUACUCCUCAGAUGAAUAAUUAAUAACCUGUUGUCAGCUUUUCUCUUUCUGGAUAUCACUCCUCAAAGACAGCUAUAAGAAAAAUAUCUCACAAGGUAGUACUGCUUAGUUAAAUAAAAACCUUACUUCUCAA